UGAGUGAGUGAGUGUAUGUGUGGAUGGGCUCAGCAUUGACUGGGUUUAUAGUUUCUUAUCUGCAAAUAUCACGUCACGGAAACAUUUGGCGCGCGAACCAACAGCUUUCGGCGUGCGAAUAAUGGUCGCGCACAUGGCACAUUAUGGAGAAACUACACAACUGAACGAUGGGAAUGGAGACGUUUCGCCAUCAGACCUGAAGGAUGAACCUGCUGAAAGCUCUCACAGCAGUUCAGAUAAUACCUCAGCUGAGGAGAGCUCAGAGGAAGAGGAGGCCCAUGAAGAGGAAGAGGAAGGAGAUUCAGACUCCAACACGAGAUCCGGUGUAGAAAAACCCAGCGAUGAGCAGCUUCAGCCGUGCUGUGAGAAGUGCAGAGCACUAAAGAAUCCCAAAUACGAGCUCGUCUCCCCCAGGAAAAUGUCCAAAGAACGGCUCCUGCUAAAGCUGGAUGCCGAGGGUGUGUAUGAGUGUUCAGACACUGGGCUGGUGUUCGAGGUCUCCCAGCGCGUCAACAUCACAUACUGCGUUCUCUCCUGGAGCAAGUUUAGCACAUACUUGACCGGAUCAUGGAAAUUUGCCGGACCCAUUUUUGAUGUGGAAUGCGAUCCAUCCAUUCUCAAAUCCGUCCAGUUCCCACACUCACUGUGUCUGGCAGCAGAUAAAGACAACGAGGUGAAGUUCAGCGUGCUCCAUGUGAAGAACAGCCGUGGUCAGAUCGAGCCCUCGGCCGAUCACUCCGGGAGUCACGUCAAAUGGACCGUGUCUUCACUUUCACCCGUGGGUCCCAUUGUUCAGACGUCUAAGUCAGCAGAGCAUCAUGGGGUCGUGCAGGUGUUCAAAGAGGUGGGCCAUGAAAACUCCUUCUCCUUCAGAGUUUACCUGGCUGGAAACAACUGCUCUGACAUCAAGGACAUCAGGAGGGCCGUUCGGCGGGCGAACAACUGUAAGAACAACAAGAGGUAUAUUCAUGUAGACAAGCCACCCACUUGCAUGCUGGAGGAGAACAGAAAGUACCGUCUGAUCAGCGAGCCCAUGGGUCACAUCACACCCGAGGACAUGCUCUUCACGCCUGUCAUCGUGGAGGUGAAGGGAUACUUUGAGGUCUUCUUUGAGGAGAGUCCUCCUUUCAAACUGUCCUUGACAGACGCGGACUUGGGACAUACUGUGUGGACCGCGACCAUCAGAGAGGGAGACUGUGUACAUCAACUAGACGAAAACCCCCAAAAAACAACGAAAGGCAGGAAGAGACCAAUCAGCACGUCAGAGGAAGAUCUCUGCAACAAGCCCAAUAAGAAAGCUCGUGGCAUCGAUGAGUCCGACUGUGCCGGGACGGCCCUGGCCCCGGGCCUGACGGACCAGCAGCUGAUGCAGGUGGCCAAGCGCAUGGGCAAGGAGUGGAAGAUCGUGGCCAUCUGCUACCUGGGCCUCAGCAAGCAGGACCUGGAGGAGAUGGAGUCCGCGGAGGAGGACGUGACCAUGCUGAAGUUCACCAUGCUGGAGCGCUGGAGGAGACGGCAACCCAAGGGGAACGCGGGGAUUCAGGAACUACACAAGUGUCUGAAGGACAACGACGACGUGCCUAACGAGGUCAUCGCUGUGCUGGACGAGAUGCUGCAGAAUAACUCAUGACGUUGGGUCCAGCGGUGUGUAUGCUGAGCGUCUGUGGAUCUGUGUGAGGAACAUCACUGAAGCUCUGUUGGAGAGCGGUGGAGACGACGGCCCGUCACACUGAGAUCUGGUGCUGACCUGAGA